UACCAACUCCUUCACCUACCCCAAAAUCUCCUUGUUUUGUUCAUUCCGAUAUCGAUCCAUCACUUUCACAACCAUUAUUAGAAAUGAUAAAUCAAUUUGAUAAUGGUGUCACUCAAUAUUCAAAUUUGGCCGAAACCGCCGUUAGUGUCAGAGAAAUAUCAAAAAAACUUGGAAAAGCUCGCAUUCAUAGUGUAAUGCAAGCUAUCAUGAUUGUCACUAAACCCGGUGACCUUCGUUUAAUAAAUAUCACUCGCGAAUUAGCUAUGUAUUUAAUUACCACUCCUCGCUUUAAAAAAGAUCAUGGCGUGACUGUAUAUGUAGAUAAAAGUUUAAAAGACUUAAAGCGUUUUGAUUUUCCUGGCAUGUUAAAUGAAUCUCCUUUUGUGAAGGACUAUUUAAAAUUUUGGACCAAAGAAUUAUGUGCUGAAAGGCCUGAAAUAUUUAAUUUUGUUCUAACGCUUGGUGGUGAUGGAACCGUAUUAUACACUUCAUGGCUAUUUCAGAAAGUCGUUCCCCCUGUUUUACCUUUUCAUAUGGGUUCUCUUGGUUUCUUGACAAAUUUUAAUUUUAAAGAUUAUAAAAAUCAUAUAACAAGUGCUUUGGACGAAGGUAUACGUGUAAACCUAAGAAUGAGAUUUACAUGUACCGUUUAUCGACGGGUAAAAAAUCCUGUAAAAGCAACUCGUUGUGGUGAAACUGGUAAAAUCAUGAUUGAUUGGAACGAACUUGAAUCUUCUUCCCAUUCAAAUGAAUGUGGUCAUGAUAAAGACCUACCUUGUUUAAUUACUCAACCGUCUGAAACUUUUCAAGUUUUAAACGAUUUGGUUGUUGAUCGAGGUGCUGGUCCUUAUAUGAGUUUACUGGAAUUAUUUG